AUGGCUGAGAACCCGGCUGCUGCUGCUGCAGUUAAUCACGGCGAAGGCCUCCGGCUACCGGAGACGUCGUCGAUAUGCGUCACGGAGAGCGCCGCACACAACUUCGAGGUAACCAAUUAUGCGCUGCUCGAGGGCCUGGGCGUCGGGAAGUACAUCACCUCAAGCACAUUCAGGGUCGGCGGCUACGAUUGGAAUAUCAUGUUCUACCCGGACGGAAGCACGAAGGACUUUGCCGGCAACGCGUCAGCCUUUUUGUAUUAUCUCAGUAAGGGGAAGGACGGGGUGAGGACAAAAUUCACCUUAACCCUGCUGGAUGGUCAAGGCAAUGCACAGGAAAUCAACAAGGAUUACCUGCCCGGCAACAUCGAGCGCACCCUCAAGGACGGGAAGGGCGCAGACGUCACGCUGCUCGUGGGCGGCAGGGAGUUCAGUGCGCACAGGUUCAUGCUAGCUGCACAGUCGCCGGUUUUCGACGCACAGCUCUUUGGCCCGAUGAUGGACGAGGACACGCGGUGCAUAGAGGUUGUCGACAUGGACCCGGCCAUCUUUGAGAUGCUUCUUCACUACAUCUACAUGGAUUCGCUGCCCCCGCGUGACGAGAAAGGUUACGAUGCUGCUUCCAUGCAGCACUUGCUCGUCGCGGCAGAUCGGUACGGGCUGGACAGGCUCAAGGUGAUGUGUGAAGAGGAACUGUCCAAAAGCAUCAACGUCCAGACCGUCACGAGUACAUUGGCGGUUGCAGAUCAGCACUUCUGCGAAGGGCUCAAGAAUGCUUGUGAGGAGUUUCUUUCUGUGCCGGGAAUAGGGACCAUUGUCUCUUUAAGAAACGGGUUCAAACGCCUCAUGGCAAAGCUGGAACUGGGGGACGAGGAGGCAUCUGCCGAGGGGAAGGAGUAA